AUGUCAAUCAAAAUCACUAUAGUGGUUCUCAUUGUUCUUGUCACCACAAUCCUCUCUCUCUUUGCAAUACAUUUGUCUAAACAUGGAGAAUUCAAGGGAGUCUAUGGAAACCAGCCAAAACAUCACCAACACCAAGACUUGUCUCUCCAUUCUCUUGUGUUCAUUGUAGAUUUGAAUGGCAAUGGAAACUUCACUACAGUUCAGAAAGCUAUUGAUGCUGUUCCUGAUUUUAGCCUUUCAAGGGCUCUCAUUAUCAUCAAUGCAGGAAUUUACAGGGAAAAAGUUAUUGUUAGUGAGAAGAAGACAAACAUUUUGAUGCAAGGUAGAGGCUAUCAAAGAACCAUCAUCGAAUGGAAUGAUACAGCCCACUCUUCAGGAGGCAAUCCAAAUAGCUACACUUUUGCUAUAUUUGCAGCAAAUUUCGUGGCUUCUAACAUAAGUUUCAAGAACUCUGCUCCGGAACCGGAACCUGGCGCUGAAGGAGCACAAGCUGUAGCUGUAAGGAUUGAUGGAGACCAAGUGGCUUUUUACAGCUGCGGCUUCUACGGAUUUCAAGAUACUCUCUUAGAUAAUACAGGAAGACACUACUUUAAGAACUGCUUCAUACAAGGCUCCAUUGACUUCAUAUUUGGAAAAGGGCUAUCACUAUACCAGGAUUGUGUGAUCAGAUCGAUUGCAAAACAAUCCAAGGCAGACAUUACCGGUUUUAUUACUGCUCAGGGAAGGGAAUCAGAAGGUGAGCGGAGUGGAUUCUCGUUUCUAGACUGCAAUAUAGAUGGAAGUGGCAAAGUGUUGCUCGGGCGAGCUUGGAGAGGUUUUGCCACGGUUGUGUUUUCACAAUCUUACAUGUCCAGCGUAAUUUCCUCUGAGGGAUGGGGUGAUUGGGAAAAUGUAACCAGAGACAAGACUGUUACUUUUGGUGAGCAUAGAUGCUAUGGAGAAGGAGCUAAUUACAAGGAAAGGGUUGCCUACGGGAAACAGCUUACAGAUUCAGAAGCAUCUUCAUACACCGACAUAUCUUACAUUGAUGGAGAUCAGUGGCUGAAUGGAACUACACCACCCGAGCUAAACAGCUUUGAAGAACUCGAAGAAUAUGAUCUUAUCAGUUCUUACUGAAGUAUGUAAGGAUUCUAAUGCGUUUAUGCAUAGACCAAAUAAAAAAUCCGUAGAAAUGUUGUCUCAGG